CAUCAAUCAGCCCGAGCUGUGGCCAGCGAACGGCGUCGCGAGACUCUUGCAAUUCUCACAACGCACGCAAUGCUACCAGAAGAGCUUUUGCUGCUGAUUGACAAGCAAUUCCCGUGCCGUGCGGUGCAGGUGCGCACUCUAGGGGCUCUCCUUUGCAAUUCGACAGCGCGUCCACGAAAUCUUGUUAUCCAUGGCCUCGAAGCGACCGGAAAGACUUUGAUCACACGUGCUGUUCUGGAGACCCUGAAGAUCCCGCAUGCGGUUAUCGAUUCGAAAGAAUGUAUCACAGGACGACAAUUGCUUGAGCAGACUGUCACUACUGCUGCAGGUGCAGUCGAGACGUACCAUCAUGCCAACCAUGCUCAUAACGGACGCUGCGAGAACCUCAACUCGCUAUACGUACAGCUAAGCGCAAUGCUGGAGGACGGCAAAGAACUCGUCCUAGUCUUUGACGGGAUUGACCACCAGAGGGAUGCCCCUCCAACUCUUAUCCCUGCGCUGGCUAGGUUUGCAGAGACGAUCUCUAGCCUUACGAUUAUCUUUAUCCUCUCCGUUCCUUCGCCUCGAUACUACCACUCUCCAUUGAUUCCGCAUCUUCACUUCCCGCCAUACUCCCGUGCCGAAUCGAUUCAAAUUCUCUCACUUUCUCCCGAGAAAAUAUUUCCAGAUGGUCUAGAUCCCAAUGCUGCGUACACGGCAGAACAAGCGGCUGAGGACGAUGCCUACGUCUGGGGCCGAUUCUGUGGGGUAGUCUGGGACACUUUGGCCAAAGGAGCCGCGCGAGACUUGAUCAGCUUCAGGAGCACAUGCAAAAAGUUGUGGAAGCCUUUCACAGCCCCAAUUGUGGACGGAACGUUUGGUACACGAGACUUUGCACGUCUGAUGGUCUCUCGACGUAGCCUUUUCCAGGACGACAGCGUGCUCGUGCACAAUCUUGUUCCACGCGAGGUUCCUCAAAAAGAGACGGAGAAACGUGAUACCACAUCCUCGCGCACCAUGAUGCAUGACCUCCCUUACUAUGCGAAGUACAUACUCUGUGCCGCCUACCUAGCAUCCUUCAAUCCGGCAAAGCAGGAUCCGAUCUUCUUCAUGCGCACCGCCUCCUCGAUAAAAAAACGCAAACGCGCCGCAGGUGCUUCAACGUCCAAAUCCUCGAAACAUCGCCGAAUCCCUCGUUCUCUUCUUGCACCCUCUCCUUUUACCCUUGAUCGCAUGCUCGCUAUCUUGCAUGCUGUAGUUCCACACACCGUACCUCAAAGUUUAGAUAUCCUGGCACAGGUUGCGACGCUAGCGAGUUUAAGAUUGAUUGUUAGAGCCGGCGCAGGGGCAGCGAGUACUGGGGAGGUAGAUGCCGGAAGUCGGUGGAGGAUUAAUUGUGCGUGGGACGUCGUGGUUGGUUUGGCAAGAGGCGUGGGGUUCGAGAUCGGAGAAUUCGUUGCGGGUGGGGAGUAAUGAGUUAACUUCGGUGGUGUAACAGACCAGGCCCAUGUUCAGGGCCAUGCAACCAUGCGCAAGAAGUAUGUAUAGUGCGAGGUUCGUGCUAAGAAGACUCGGAACCCAUGCACCGAGUUCAGCUCCGGCCUUUUCUCCCCAUGUUGGUGUGAGGGCAAGUAUGUUAUAUGACCCAGCUAUACCAGAUCAACUAGCUGGUACAGCCUGUGCUUUGAGCUAUCCUCGAGCACGAAGUCCGAUUAUAUGAAGUUCCAGCUAUCAGAGACUGCUCACGAUGCCUGCCGACGAGCGAGCCAGGAUGCGUGGUAUUUGCAACUCGCGACAAGAAAGUUGGCUGUUAUGUUGGCAGGUCAGGAAACAACUGAAUUCCCGGAGCCAUGAAAAAGAAAAGAGCCGUGUAGUUGCUUCAGAAGGCGCUAUGUAAUUAACCAUACACCACAGACAAUAAAGAUACUAAGAUCCUGAUCAAUGGUCAUACUCUCCUCCUGGGAAUUAUGUAGGCGGGGAGUAUAUAGCUGUGAAAAUAUUAUAAAAUUAAAUAAAUUAUCUUUCACUCCUGAACAAGU